AUGGAAGUAGAGUACUGUUCAGACCCACCACGAUCCAGUGAAGAAGAAGAUGAGCUUGGCCGGAGUGUUAAGAAAUUCAAGGAAAAUCUUGGAGCUAGGCAGUUCUCCCAACCCCGUGUACAGAUCAGUUACAGAGAUAGCCUUGUAGGAGAAAUUCCUGGUGCAUAUGAACAAGCAUUUAAGUUUGAGAGAAACAGUGAAGAGGAGUAUGAAUUGGAUGAGGAUGUUGAACCACUUACUGAAGGUAUGGCUGAAGUGAGAUUAUCCAAGGAAACAAAGUCACGGAUUAGGGAGCCUUGGUUGAAGGCUUUGAUAGUGAAAGUUUUUGGUAGGACAGUGGGUUUCAACUACCUUACUUUCAAGAUCAAUGCUUUAUGGAGACCAUCUGCCUGUAUGGACUGUGUGAACUUGGGAAAAGAUUUUUUCUUGAUAAAAUUCAGCAGCAUGGAGGACUAUGACAAAGUUCUUCGAGGUGGACCUUGGUUUGUGGGGGAACACUUCCUUACAAUUAGGCCUUGGGAGCCAUAUUUUAAAGCUUCAGAGGCAAAGUUUUCCUCAGUGGCAGUGUGGGUUAGAUUACCUGAGUUGCCCAUUGAGUUUUAUGAUCGGGAAGUGCUCAAAGAAAUAGGCGAGGCAAUUGGGCCGGUGCUCCGCAUUGAUGCUUACACAGCUACAGAAUCUAGAGGUAGCCAUGCAAGUUGGCUGUAUUAA